CAACAUCCUGAACAACAUGAAGAUCAUCAUCUUUACUCUGGCCUCCGUUUUGGCUUUGGUCGCAGCCGAAGAUUGCAUUUGCACCAGAGAGUUCACUCCUGUGUGCGGAAGCAACGGAAAAACAUACUCCAAUCCUUGUCUGCUGAAAUGCGCCCAGAAGAGCGACGAAGCCCUAGAAUUCGUGUACCCAGGAACCUGCGAAGAACCCACAUUCCAGUGUGAAUGCACAUUGGAGUACAGACCGGUGUGCGGCACCAACGGUUACAGUUACGCCAACCCUUGCCUCUUCAGAUGCGCCACAGAACUGUUCGAUUCCGUCGAAAUUGCAUACAACGGAGAAUGCGGAAACCCGACCGAACCCUUCCACUGCGUUUGCCCGUUGAUCUACAAUCCAGUCUGCGCUAGCGACGGAGUGACUUACGAAAGUCCGUGUCGCUUCGAAUGCGCCCAGCAGCUCGAUGCGGCCCUGACCUUUGUCAGAUAUGGAAUUUCAAAAUGCGUCGAUCUGCAACAAAAACAAAAUAUUUGUUGGACAAUUAUGUUGGAGCGUUCAGAAACAAACAUGAAUUUCAAGUUGGUCGCAAUCCUCGCGUUUCUGGCUUCGGCCUCCGCAUUCUUCCCGUGUCAGUGUCCGUUCGAGCACAACCCGGUCUGCGGUUCUGACGGUAAAAGUUAUGCGAGCAAGUGCGUCUUGAAUUGCGCUUCGAGGAAGAGCGACGGUCUGACUUUAGCUUACGAAAGCGUCUGCACGGACAACGUCGAUUCUGUGAUCUGCAUCUGUCCAAAUGUCUUCGCUCCAGUUUGCGGUUCCGAUGGUAAAAACUACUUGAACGCCUGUCAAUUGAAGUGCAACGUCUUGGAACAUCCAGACUUGACGGCCGUCUCAAGAGGAAAAUGUUAAAUAAUGAUAACCGUAAAUGCGUUGUAAUUAUUAUUGAUUAUGAAGAAAUGGCAAUGUUAAUGAAAUAAACGUUCUAAUUUGAAGUUUUC